AUGGCAAAUCUAAAUAUUGUUUUCAUGUUUUUCUGCUCUCUUCUUCUUGUGGUGUUUGUUUCUGGUAAUUCGUACCCAUUCUUUAGUAAGAUUCAAUUGCCACCAGGAGUCACGGGUCCCGAGUCAGCCGCCUUCGACGCAGCUGGAGGAGGACCCUAUGUUAGCGUCACUGACGGUAGGGUCCUCAAGUGGGAUAGCAAACUCAAUGUUUUUGUAGAAUUCGCCUACACUGCACCAAAUAGGUGCGAUGGAACAACUGAUCCAAAUAUGGGGCCUAUAUGUGGGAGACCGUUGGGUCUAAGCUUCUACUAUGCAACGGGGUUUCUUUACAUUGUUGAUGCUUACUUUGGGUUCCUAGUGGUAGGCCCUCAAGGAGGCCUUGCACUUCAACUUGCCACUAGUGCAGAAGGUGUGCCUUUCAAGUUCACCGAUGGCGUAGAUGUCGACCAGCAAUCUGGACUCGUUUUUUUCACCCAUGCUAGCGAAACCUUCAACUUGUGGAAUGCAACACAACCGGGUUUUAAACCUGACUCAACUGGAAGGUUGCUAAAAUAUGACCCAGUGACUAAACAAGUUAUCGUGUUGCUAAGAGGGCUAGCAGGGGCAGGUGGCCCGGCUGUGAGCUUCGAUAGCUCUUUCGUCCUGGUUUCAGAGUACGUCAGUAAGAGAAUUCAAAAGUUUUGGCUCACAGGGGUUAAAGCUAACACCGCUGAGAUUCUAAUUAACCUUCCUGGAAAUCCGAGUAAAAUUAAGAGGAGUGAUACGGAAGGAGAAUAUUGGGUAGCACUGAAUGUAAUUAGUCAACAGCCGAUAUUAUUUACUGCGCCACAGGGUCUGAGGAUUAAUGGACUCGGAAUGUUGCUAGAGACUCUUCCUCUUGUUACAGGGUAUUUCAAUGCAUCUAUCGCUGUAGUGCAAGAACAUAAUUCUGCAUUAUACAUCGGCUCUCGCGAUACUGAUUUCGUCGGGGUGUUCAAGAAAGGGCCAUGAAUUAUCGAUGCUAGCGGUGUGUGAGAUGUUAAAUUAACGACUACAAGUACUAAAUAAAAGUUGCUCUGAAAGAACUAUAUGGAGCUACCAAAA